AUGAAGUUUACGGAGUUGACCGAGAUUGAGCUGCCGGCGGCAUAUGAUGCUCAUGUGCAUCUGAGAGAUGGCGAGAUGUCGCAGCUUGUUACGCCUACGAUUCGGAAGGGUGGUGUGAAUCAGGUGUAUGUUAUGCCGAACCUGGUCCCGCCUAUUAUAUCCGUGAAGCAAUGCCUCGAGUACCGCGACAGACUCCGUGCUAUUGAGCCGAAUGUGGAUUACGUCAUGUCGCUGUAUCUCCACGAGGAUAUCACGCCGGAGGUUAUUCGUGAAGCGAAGAAAGCGGGGAUUACGGGUGUCAAGUCGUAUCCCGCUGGAGUUACUACGAAUUCCUCAUCCGGUGUUCUCGACUACGAAACCUUCUACCCCGUCUUCGCCGAAAUGGAGAAACAGAACAUGGUCCUAAACCUCCACGGCGAAGUCCCCUCGACCCCAUCCUCCGCGCACCUCACCACCACAAAGGACAGUAAAACAGGCGCCAUAACCAUCCUCAACGCCGAACCCGCCUUCCUCCCCACCUUCCUCUCCCUGCACGCCAAAUUCCCCACCCUCCGCAUAAUUCUCGAGCACUGCAGCACAUCCGCCGCCCUCUCCGCCGUCCGCUCCUGCGGCCCCUCCGUCAGCGGCACAAUCACCGCGCACCACCUCAGCCUCAUCAUCGAUGAUUGGGCAGGCGACCCAUUUUGUUUCUGCAAGCCUGUUGCCAAGACGCCCGAGGAUAGGGAUGCGUUGCUCCGCGCGGUGGUGCAGGGGAAUGGGAAGUUUUUUCUGGGGACGGACUCGGCGCCGCAUCCGAGGGGGAAGAAGAGGGGGGAGGAUAAGGUUGCUGCGGGGGUUUUUACGCAGCCGUAUGCGGUGGGGUAUGUGCUUGAUGCGUUGGAGGUGGGGGUGAAGAGGGGGGUUAUUGGGGAGGAGGAGGUGACGAAGGAGGUGCUGGAGGGGUUCUUUGGGGGGUGGGGGAGGGGUUUUUAUCAGAUUGUGGAUGAGAGGACGGAGAGGAUUGUACUGAGGAAGGGGAAGGAGACGGUGGUGGAUGUGUUGAGGAAGGAGGGUGGGGGCGAGUGUGAGGUCGUGCCGUUUAGGAAGGGGGAGGUUACUUGGGGGGUUGAGUGGAAGUGA